UAAUUGGUGUGGUAUUGCUCAUCACGUGCUGGUAGGUCAGGGCUUGUCUGCUGUCAGUCAUGCAGUGGGAGGAGCGGUCUGGUGACGCAUUGUGAAGAUGUCGAAGCAGCCGAUCGGUUGUAUCAGUUGGCAGUCUGCGCUUGUGUGAACGGCAAAGGAGAUACCAAAUAAUAGCUUAGCGAAGGAUAGACACACAAUGAAAAAACCCUAGUAUUAUAAGGAACGUGUGUUUAAAAAUACAAUUAAACCGCAUUAAGAUAUCCCAGAAUCUUCACCUACAAAAAACAAACAAACACAAUUAAAAUAAAACCGUGUUCUAUAUUACCUCGUCUUAUUUGAAGUUGUAACCUAUUAAUUAUCGGGUAUUUGGGGGACUGUUCCUUCCACUGGCAAACAUGGACGAAGAGAGUCACGUGCCUGAAGAUCUCUCUAUAGUAGAGAGGGAAGAACUGACAAAUAUACGACGUCGAAAGAAGGAGCUUUUGGAUGAUAUUGAGAGGCUGAAGUUUGAGAUUACUGAAGUUAUGACUGAAAUUGAGCACUUGACUUGUGUGGGGGAAAGCAAAACCACACAGAGAAAUAAACAAAUUGCAAUGGGAAGGAAGAAGUUUAACAUGGAUCAUAAAAAGGGAAUCAAGUUUCUUCUUGAAAAUGACCUUUUGCAAAACACAGCAGAAGAUAUAGCCCAGUUCUUGUAUAAAGGGGAAGGGCUGAACAAAACGGUUAUCGGGGAUUAUUUGGGGGAGCGAGACGACUUUAACAUUAAAGUUCUACAAGCUUUCGUGGAGCUUCAUGAGUUUGCUGACCUCAAUCUUGUACAAGCCUUAAGACAGUUUCUGUGGAGCUUCAGACUUCCUGGAGAAGCACAGAAGAUUGAUCGUAUGAUGGAGGCAUUUGCCUCCCGGUACUGCCAGUGUAACCCUGGUGUCUUCCAGUCUACAGACACAUGCUAUGUCCUUUCCUUUGCCAUUAUUAUGCUGAAUACGAGUUUACACAAUCCCAAUGUAAGGGAUAAACCAGCAGUGGAGAGGUUCAUUUCUAUGAAUCGUGGGAUUAAUGAAGGAGGGGACCUCCCAGAAGAGCUACUCAGGAACUUGUAUGAUAGUAUUAAAAAUGAGCCAUUCAAAAUCCCAGAAGAUGAUGGAAAUGACUUAACGCACACAUUUUUCAACCCCGAUAGGGAAGGUUGGCUGUUGAAACUAGGGGGAAGAGUGAAAACCUGGAAACGAAGAUGGUUCAUUCUGACCGAUAAUUGCCUCUAUUACUUUGAAUAUACAACAGACAAAGAACCAAGAGGAAUCAUACCUUUGGAGAAUCUCAGUAUUCGUGAAGUGGAGGACCCUAGAAAGCCGAACUGCUUUGAGCUCUACAAUCCUAACCACAAAGGCCAGGUGAUCAAGGCGUGCAAGACAGAAGCCGAUGGCAGAGUGGUGGAGGGGAACCAUGUGGUGUACCGGAUAUCCGCACCAACUCCUGAAGAAAAAGAGGAGUGGACCAAAUCCAUCAAGGCAAGCAUCAGCAAGGACCCUUUCUAUGACAUGCUGGCCACCAGGAAAAGGAGAAUCGCCAACAAAAAGUAAAGUGAACUGAAGAGGACAGUUCAGCAGUAUUUACAGUUAGGUUUCAGAAGUGAAUGGAUUUGUUAAGGUAACUGGGAGAGGGAGCUGCAUGUUCAUACCAGACUGAUUCUGGCAAGUGGGGGACAAAACAAACAAAAAAAUAGCCCCUCAAUUGUGGUGUGUUCUGCAAAUAUAAACCCGUGAAAUAGGGUCUUUGUACUUUGAAGAAUAUCUGGCCCUUUUUUUAUUUUGAAAAGGCAAAGAAAAAAAAAAUGACUACAUUGAAGACAAACACUGUUGAGCAGUGAUUGAAUCUUCUGUUUAAGAAAAAGAAAAGUGCUUUUAAAUAACUUAUGCUGUAACAAAAACAAAACAAACAAAAAAGAUGCCAAUAUAGGUUAGCAAAUGUCAAGAUGUCUUGGGGACAGCCAGGAUAUGAACUGCAGAUAGCUGUGUAAUCACCCUUGUUAGUGGCAACGUUUAGUUACACAGUAAUUGACACCUAAUUUGCAUUGUCACUGGUGGCAAAAGGUGUUUUUUUUUUUGUUUUGUUUUUACACACCAGUACUUCAGGUGCUGUUUCAUCUGUUUUUUACUUAUGUUUAAAAUGUAACAUUAAAAAUUCAAGACAAAACUCAAUAGUGCUUUCAGUCAGCUGGCCUGACUUUCCAUUAUUUAAGGAAAAAAUAGCCUGUUUAACACACUACAUAGUUCAACACGGUACCAAACAGUAAAUUAAGCUUUUCAUGAAUCCCAUCUGUAAAUGGCAGCAUGAGUAGUAGUCAAAGUAUCAAGGCAAUGCAUAUGCAAUCUAGUAUUUUCAUAAUGUAUUACUGUACUGUGUAUAAAAUGUGCUUGCUGCCAGAAUUUGUGUAUUUUCGAUCAACAGCUACAGUAAUAUUUAAUCAGUGCUUAUUUCUUUUUUAUAUUUAUUUUUUAGUGCAAUUGCAAAAAUAUUUCUAUUUGUAACUGUUAAAAAAUGUAGAUUAAGUUAUGUGUAAAUACUGUACAGAUUUGUGUUUUGGAUUUCUGUGUUUUAAUGCAUGUGAAAUCGCAACAGUAGCUUGCAUCAGUAAAUAGCAAGGGGACUACAUGAUGCAAGCUUUGUACAGAAUCUUUUUUUUUUUUUUUGGAAGGGGUGUUAAUAUUUAUAAAAAUACAAAACACACUGACAUAUGUUCAGUGCAUGCAGUUUUACAUAAACAAAUACACAUGUCCUCAAAUGUAACACAUAUAUAUAUUGCACUUCCUGAACUGUUUUUGAUGGCUUUUUUGUUUGUUACAAUGAUUCAAUCUUGCUAUGUAAGUGUGUAAAGUCUGACAUAUGAUAAUUAAAAGCCAUCGAAUGAGAUUGCUGAAAACAAAAA